UUAGAUCAAAUCAUAACAAAAUUAAUAAUAAUUACAUUAACACAAGUAAUAAUAAAAUUGCAUUAUGGCAUGUGUAUGAUAUUUUAUUAUAAUUAUAUUAAACAUAUCACACCCAGAGAUUGGCGCUGAUGAGCUCCGGCCCCUGAUUUUACGGCGUAGAAUGGAGUACAAAGCCUCGUGUCUCAUUUUCUCAUCUUUGUUCUGAUCUCUCAUGUCUCUGGGAGUGUUUAAAAUAGAUGACGCUCUGUAUUUUAAUAUUAACAUGCCUAAAAUACCUUUAUUAUGUAGUCAUUGUAGUUUUGCCUUUGACAGCCACAAGGCAAGUCAAAUUUUACAUGUUGAAUUUAGAUGAAAACUAAAUCGAAAAUGUUUCAGAUUUCCAAGACCGUGAUUGUGUUCAUAUUUGUGGUGACUGUGACAUCUGGUCAAGUAUUACAAAAGCCACAGCCCUAUCCUCGUCAAAUGGUCUUCAGGCCCGCUUGGCAAAAUAGCCCGGACUACUACCCUCAAUAUAUCGCUCCUCCUUACAUUCAACCCGUGAAAUGUGAUGAUCAACUGGAAAUGGGACUACCGUUGCCGAUGGCAGAAAAUCCUGUGAUGAUUCCACAAGCUGCAGAAAUAGCACCGGUUGGAAUUCCACAGUACCCAAUGAUGGUUGGAGCUCCUAUCACUGGACCAUGCGAGCCCAUUAUAGUACCAGAAACAGCUAUGGAGAUUCCUGCAGAGAAUACACUGCCACUCAUAAUGCCUGUUAAUCGAGAAUUUAUUUCACCUUGUCUGGAAGAAGAUGUAGCUGCAAUCCCGCAACAGUCUAUGAUACAACCUAUGAUACAGCCUAUGGCAGUACCACGUGCAUUCGUGAUGCCUGAGAUCCCAGCAGCUAUAACAAUGCCUAGAAUGCCUAAAUUAAUCUUGAAAACAAUCCAAUCCCUGUUCCAAAAUAUGUGCUACAACCAAUACCGCUACAGAUCGUUGAACCCGCUUUCUUACCUGAGAUGCCUGUUCCGAACCUUUCUGUAGUGCCAGCACUAGCUCCAUUAGAAACGCCCGUUUUUCCUGAGACCGUGGCGCUACCUAAACCUUGUUUACACAAAGAAGUUGUUCAAGAAAUUCAGCCAAUAUGUGCUUGAGGUACCUGAGUAGAGCCCUCUGCCCUGAAGAUAUUUCGAUACCGUGCUGGCGAAAGAAAAAAAUAUGCGUAAGCGAAAAUUACGAGAGGCUAUCGAAAAUAGUCGUCAUCCGAAUUUUUACGUGAUUGUGGUUGAUCAGUGACUCCGAGCUGGAAAACUGUGUUGGGUACUACGUCAGUAGACAGUGUGGACGAACCAUUAGCGAAUGAUGUAGUGAGUAUUGUGUGCAACCCAUUAUUUGACAAUCUUGCCUCCCCUGCCACCACCGGCGCCCGCGCAGAGUCAUCUCGCGCGGAGGGCUGCGGCUCGCAGUCUGCGCCCGGUCCGUCAACGCAAGCUCCUGACGAUACUCCUCGGUACGGAGUGACAUAUGUCCAGCGUUUUAGACUUAAAAUACAUGAGUGACCCGUUUAA